UUUUGCAGACGUCAAAACCAACUUUUGCUCGGCAUUUUCUUCAGUCCGGCCAGGAAUUUCUGGCUGUUGGUUUCAUAUAUAUAAGAUAGAAUAGUUUCUUUAUUUUAAAUAACGCUGUAAAACAACCGACGGGUAGUUAAACAUUCCAGCAAGUGUUUUUUUAAAUUAUUCCCUUUUUACAGGAAGUGACGUGUACUUUCGCGUGUAGCUGUAAAACGGCAUACUUAUACAUAAAAUCGUGUUUUUUGUGAAUGAUUUGGCGUUAGUUGAACCGACGGAGUGAUCACCGUGCAAUAUUGUUUUAUCUCAUCCGGCGAGCGAUGAGCGUACGCAAAAGACAAGACCAACGUCCGGAUCAAGUCCAGCUGUUGACGCCUGUGUCCGCCAUCACCGGUGACCACGAUGAGGACAAACAUGAAUCCAGCGACCUGCGAGGGGAUUGGAGCAACAUAGCGAUUCUGUUUUUCCUAUACCUGUUGCAAGGUAUUCCUAUCGGAUUGGCCGCAGCAAUUCCGAUGCUGUUACAGAAUCGUGGCGCCAGCUACAAGCAGCAGGCCGAGUUUAGUUUCGCCCAUUGGCCGUUCAGCAUGAAGCUGCUAUGGGCCCCAAUCGUAGAUUCGCUGUACUGGAACCGCUUCGGCCGGCGCAAAUCAUGGCUGAUACCGACCCAGUAUCUGAUUGGCAUUUUUAUGCUCAUUCUGUCUAUGCAUGUGAACCGCUGGCUCGGUAAUAGUUCUGAGGAUGCCACGCUUGCACCAAACAUACCGAUACUGACCGGAAUAUUUUUUGCGUUGAAUUUCCUCGCCGCAACACAGGACAUUGCCGUGGAUGGCUGGGCGCUGACGAUGCUGAAGCGGUGUAAUGUGGGUCAUGCUUCGACGUGUAACAGUGUCGGUCAGACGGCAGGAUAUUUCCUGGGCUAUGUUGCGUUUAUGGCCCUAGAGUCUGCCGAGUUUUGCAAUAGCUACUUACGAGCGGAAGCUUCGGAUGAAGGCCUGGUGACGCUUCCUGGGUUCCUUUGGUUUUGGGGUUUGGUGUUUCUGGCUACCACAACACUUGUAGCACUGUUGAAACGCGAAUCCCUUCCCAGCAUAGAUCGAGGGCACGACGAACAUUUAGAGCUGGAUAUAAAACAAACCUAUCGGCUACUGCUCAACAUUAUCAAAAUGAAACCUAUAUUGAUUUUGACGGCCAUUCUUUUAACCGUAAAAAUAGGAUUCGCUGCUUGUGAUGCCGUUAGCUCUUUGAAGCUUAUCGACGCUGGUGUUCCGAAGGAUAAACUAGCUUUGCUAGUCGUACCACUAGUCCCACUGCAAAUAAUACUUCCACUGGUGAUUAGUAAAUACACUACAGGACCACGCCCUAUGGAGGUAUACCUGAAAGCCAUUCCGUAUCGGAUAGCUCUAACAAUCGUCGCUGCUGCCGUUGUGUGGUUCACUCCAGCUUUAAUACACAAUAACCACGUUCCUUACCACUACUAUUUGAUACUGUUGACCAACUAUGGAUUGUACCAGAUAGCUCUCUAUAGCAUGUUCGUUGCGGUGAUGGCAUUUUUCGCCCGAAUCAGCGAUCCAGCGGUUGGAGGUACAUAUAUGACGCUGCUCAAUACGCUAAGCAAUCUUGGCGGCAACUGGCCAACUACGGUUGUACUGUGGAUGGUGGACGUGCUCACCUGGAAGCGCUGCUCGAAUGCAACAGACAACACGUGCUCUAGCACCACACAACAGGAGAUAUGUACAGACGGAGGUGGAAAAUGUGAAAUUCAGAUCGACGGAUACUACAUUGAGGUUGCCAUCUGCUUAGUGUAUGGAAUUAUUUGGUAUCAAUGGGGUAAGCAUAAAAUACGCUACCUACAGAGUUUGCCUCUGAAUGCUUGGCGGGUGGUGCAUCGGCAGCGGGAGCAUACGAGUUAGCAAUUAUUGCAGUUGAUAUAGACAAACGAUUGCCUGAGGAAAAACCACCGACAACGGCGUGAUUGAGUGAUAUAUUAUUUUCGUUUUAGUGCAAAUUCUUCGUUAGAGUAAUUUUGUUUUAUCUAGUUUAUUUAGUGGGAGACGUGGGAAAUCAGUGGUUCAUAAAUAUAUACACACAAUACAAUGAGCAGCUAAUUGAUCUGAUAAUUGGCCAAUGAUUACAAAAUGUCUUCGAAUGAUACAGCAAAGCAAACUGAUUUUCGAUGUUCUCACAUUUUAGACAAGCACAUUGCACAUAGCACAUCUUGUUUUAACGAUGCCUUUACGAAGCUGUGAGACUGAUGAAACUACUGCUCACUGGAAUCUAGUUAGUAUACGCGGGAUUCAAAAAUCGCUGGUAAAAUAAAUCUUCGUAUAGGUUUAUCCGUUUUAACAGGCAUCAUUUGAGCAUUCUUUAGGAUCUGUUUUACGGGUUUUGUGUAGCAUACUUUCGUACAGAGUUUUGUUUAUAAACACUAGUGUGAAUUAUUUUUUAAGAUAUAUGUAGAAUUAUAAGACCACGACACAAACUCUGUCUACAAAUUCCUAUUAUAACAAAUUAUUCCAUCGGUUAUAAGGCAACUUUACGCGCAAAUUACUUUGCCUCGGAAAUAUAGCGUAGCUAUAUAAGUCAUUGAUCAUUGUAAUAAUUAUUUGUUUCAUUUGAAUCGACGAAAUAAAUUACCAUACAUUUA